AUGAGGCCACCGUCACAAAGUCACGUGAUUUGGAAAUUUGGAUUUCCCACACGUGGUCUGCCAGUCUGUGGAUUUUCAACAUUCAACUUCAACAUAACCUAUGAAAAGAUGGGUAAAAAUAAAAAAGAUAAGAAAAAAGGAAAAGGAGCUGAGAAAACGACAGCUAAAACAGAAAAGAAAUUAACAAAUAAACUCAAAAAAGAAUUACAAGCAAUAGGAGAGGAUGAUAUAGAAGAUAUCUUAUCACAAAUAGAAAAGGAGGAAAAGAGGCGAUUACAAGUAACAGAAGUUGUGAUUAAUCCUCCAAGUAGAAGAUUAAAUUUUAGUUUUGUAGCCCAUCCAGAUAAAGAACAGCUUAUUUUAUAUGGUGGAGAAUUUUUUAAUGGUCAAAAGACAUUUGUAUAUGGUGACUUAUUUUUUUAUAACAUUGCAAAUGAUAAUUGGACUGUGGUUAAAGCUCCAAAUGGUCCAGCACCCCGUUGUGGUCAUCAAAUGGUGGCAAGUUCAGCCAACAAAGGCCAGCUGUGGAUUUUUGGAGGCGAAUUUGCCUCUCCUACUCAAUCUCAAUUUUAUCACUAUAAAGAUCUUUGGGUGUUCCACCUAGCCAAUAAACAAUGGGAAAAAAUAACAGCUUCUAAUGGCCCCAGUGCUCGAAGUGGACACAGGAUGGUACUAGUUAAAAAGCAACUGCUUGUUUUUGGAGGGUUCCAUGAUAAUUUGAGGGAUUACAAAUACUAUAAUGAUAUCUAUAGUUUUAAUACAGAAACUUACAAGUGGGUUAAAUUAGAACCUAGUGGUACUCCACCAUCACCCAGGUCUGGUUGCUGUAUGGUUGCAACAAAUGAUGGAAAAAUUUUAAUUUAUGGUGGAUACAGUAAAGAGAAAGUGAAGAAAGACUUAGAUAAAGGCCACGUAUUUAAUGAUGCAUUUAUGUUAACACCAGAUAAAAAUGAUACUACUGGUUCAAAAUUUAAAUGGGUUCAGGUAAAACUAGGAGGAACAUCUUUUUCAUCAAGAUGUAGUAUGCCAAUUGUAUCCACAGUCAAUAAUUUAACUGCAUAUACAUAUGGUGGUGUUUUUGAUAUUGAAGAUGAUGAAGAAAAUCUUUCUGGGAACUUUUUUAAUGAUUUUUAUCAAUUGGAUUUAGAGAAAUUAAUUUGGAAUAAUGUGACUCUCAGUGGAAAAAAAGAAAAAGUUAAUAAGGCUAGAAGAAAAAAUAAAGAAGGAGAUGCAGAAGGUGAUGAUAAGGAAGAAAUGGAAGUAGAAAAAAUUGAAGAAAAAAUAGAACAAACUACAAUAUCAGAUGAUGGUAUUUUUAAAGUAACUGUUGGCCCUGCACCUACCUGUUCCAAAUCAAAUGCCAUUUUUGAUAAACAAGAUUUAACCAUUUUAUUUCAACCAUCUCCAAGAAUGAAUUGUGGUUUGGCCAUCAAACAUGGAAUCUUGUACUUGUAUGGAGGAAUGUUUGAAGAUGGUGACAAACAGAUUACUUUUAGUGACUUUUAUUCUUUAGAUUUAAAAAAGUUAGAUGAAUGGAAAACUAUUAUUGCUGAUGAUACUUCAAAGGUAGAAUGGUUAGGAUCAGAUUCAGAGAAUGAGGAUGAAGAAGAGGAAAGUGAAGAUGAGGAGGAAGAAGAAGAAGAUUCAGAAGGUUCAGGAAUGGAGACAGAUUAG